AUGCGCGAUACUCCAUCCAAGUUCAUCGAGAUCCUCGAUCCAAAGGACUCGCAUCUAUCCGACUCAGACGUUCGGCUCGAGGACGUCCUCGCCGACCACGAAGCUAUCAGCAGUCGUCCUCGCUCUUCCACAAUCUCCUCUACAAAACCAAUGGACAAGGACAUGUCGCGCGCGAAUUCAACGUCCCCGACACCGCGCUGGAAACGUCUGAGCAAUAUCCUUGUACAACCUCGUCGCAACUCUUAG